AUGAAACUCCUCGAACUCAUAUACAGCUUCUUCCUAUUCCUCGCACUCACUACAGCCAAGACUACAUCCACAACAUCAUCAUCAUCAACAGCUACUACAACAACAAAAACCUCACAAAGUAAUACUUCAGUUUGGGUAACAGGGACUGAUGCUAGUGGAAUAACUCGUACGACGCAAAGUGUAUUCUCACAAUCUUUCAAAUCUGCAUAUACAGAAGCUGAAGAAACACCUUCAUCGGGAUCUGUUGGACUUGGCAGUCUUUCCGGAAGCGUGGGCCAUAUUCGUACCUACGAUAGAACUACAAUUUCACUGGGUGGUGCUGGUGAAGCUGUUGCUGUUGGUCGUAACUUCAUUGCAUUGAAUGGACUUUUUUCAUUGAUUUACGUACUUCUUUAG